AUGGCGCACUUUAUCCCUUGCAAGAAGACUUCUGAUGCUUCUCAUGUAGAGAGUUUACUUUUGCGAGAAAUAGUUCGUUUGCAUGGUGUUCCAAAAACUAUCACCUCUGAUCGUGAUAUCAAAUUCCUUAGUCAUUUUUGGAGGACCCUAUGGCGUUUAUUUGGGACGGAUUUGCAGUAUAACAGCUCCUUUCAUCCUCAAACUGAUGGUCAAAUUGAAGUUGUCAAUCGUACUAUGGCAAAUAUUAUUCGGUGUCUUUGUAGUGACAUGCCAAAGCAAUGGGAACGGUAUCUUGCUCUUGCUGAGUUUGCUUUUAACAACACUGUCAACCGUUCCACGGAUACAAGAGGGUGUGAAGCAACAGCUAGAAGCUUCCACUACUCACAUUAUAAAGUCAUUGCGUAUAAACAUCGUCGCCUCAAGGUAUUUGCUGAGGGUGAUGAAGUGAUGGUCUACUUCCGCAAGGGACGCUUUCCUGUUGGUACAUAUAACAAGCUGAAGCACAAGAAAGUUGGUCAUUGUCGAAUCGUGAAGAAAAUUAAUGACAAUGCCUAUGUUGUUGAUCUUCCUGGUGACCUCACCAUCUCCCCAACGUUCAAUGUAGCGGACCUAUUUGAGUAUUAUCCUCCAGAUACUCCUCUUUAUCCUAAUCAUAACUCGGGGUUGAGUUCUUAUGAAGUGGAGGAGACUGAUGUAGAACAAUAUGCAAAUGCCUUUAUGAAAACAUUGGAGCAUCAUAAGAGCAGGCAGUCCCACAAAUCAAAGAGGAUUAUAGAGUUGACCGAGAUUGAUCAUGAAGAUCUCAAUGAAGCCCUAGCGUCCUUCCCCAAGUCAAACCUCAAAAGCCUAUCAAACGCCGGUAAAAAGAACAUUCCGCCGAGAUUUCCCCCCCCUUCCGUUGUCCCCGCGUCAUCAUCUUCCUCCUCCCGUCGCCACCGAUUCUCUCUCUCUACAAUCCUCCAGAUCCGCCCCCUCUCUCUCUCCCUCCCAUGGAUUUCUUCAAAGCCGUCUUCUCCGACGACCCAAUUCCCCCGCCCCGGGAUCCCCCAAAGCCCCCGCCUUGACCCGGACCCGGAACCCGAACCCGAACCCGGAUCGCCGCCGCCUCCGCCGCCCUCGCCGCCGCCCGCCGCAGCCGCCGGGGCGUGGAGCUUCGGGGGCCUGAUCAAGACCCUGGCCACCCGGUCGGAGUCGGUGAUCGAGUCCUACCGCCGCGACCUCGAGGAGUUCGGGUCGGGGCUCCGGAAGGAGACCGCGGUCAUCCGCGAGGCCGCCUCCCGCGCCGUCAAGGACCUACCCACCUCGCUCGAGGCCGGCGCCUCCGUCGCCCAGGAGUCGCUCGAGUCGGUCGGGCAGGCCAUCGACGACAUCGGCGCCACCGUGGUGAAGUCGACGGCCGAGAUCCUCUCGCACGGGAAGGAGGCCCUGCUGGAUCUCGAGUCCGAUUCCUCCGAUUACGGCAGCGGCAGGCGGCCGAGCAGCGCCGGCGCCGCUCAGAAUCCCGAUUUCAAGAAGUACAGCAGGUUCGACGCGCAGCUGCGCGCGAUCCAGAGCGACGCGGGCGUGUACCGCGAGGAGCCGGAGGGGUCGGAGGAGUAUGGGGAGUGGAAAUUAGGGUUUUCGUUGGAGGAGAAGAGAGAGGAGAUUGAGGGUUUGAUCGGGGAGGGUGGGGUGAUGAGAGAAAUGUAUGAGAAGGUUGUGCCUGAGGAGGUUGAUCAUGAGAAUUUCUGGACUAGGUAUUUUUACAGAGUGCAUAAGCUCAAGGUAGCAGAGGAUGCCAGGGCUCGGCUCGUGAAGCGGGCGAUCUCCGGGGAUGAGGAGGAGGAUUUGAGGUGGGAUUUCGAGGAUGAAGAUGAGGAAGGAGGAGCAGCAGCAUUUGGAGGUGAAGAGCGAAAAUGUCGAGCUGGUGAAAAAUGCGCAGGAGGCGGUGAAAACGGAGGACACUGGGAGACUUCAUCGGCCGGGCUUGUCCUGGCUCUGGAGAAGAGUGUAGCUGGUGAAGAGGAGAAGUCGGAUUCGGAGAAGUCAGGUAGUGAUGCAUCAGAAGUUAAAGCCGACGAGAGAGCAAAUACGGAAGGCAAGACCGAUAAGACUGAUACCACCAGUGAGUCGUGCAAGGACAGCGAUGUGUCGAUCAUAUCGACGCAGCCCUCAAUGCCUGAGGUGGCGGACCUCGGGUGGGACGAGAUUGAAGACAUGGUUGGCAACGACGAGGGUAAGAGGGACAGUGUUUCUAGUGCGAGCAGGAUCGAUCUGCGAAAGCGCCUGAGCGGGGCAGAAGAGGAGGAUUUAACUUGGGACAUUGAGGACGACGACGAGCCUCCCAAAUUGUGAUGAAGUAAAUGGUCUUUCACUAUUGAAAACCUUUAGAAACUGUAAGCAUUGAGGGUUAAGUUUCCCCUUGAUAUCAUGUCAUUGCACUUGGUCUAUCUUAGUUUGCGCAAAGCCAUUUAUUUGUGUUGUUACAACAGCGUGUCUUGUGGAUAGUUUUCUUCGUUUUAUAUACUCUUCAGAGUCCAGCUGGAAGCUAUAUAACUGUGCAAUUGUCCAUUCAUGAUCACAAAUAAAAGCUUGGUCCUUUCUUCUA